GAGUGCGCUGUUGCGUCACCUUGAGCCGGCUGCCUCCCGUUACGCUAUCACGACGACGGGGGCGGGGCGGCAGCCGCCGCUCGCGGCCGCGGCACACCACACCAGUCAGCGACGGGGAACGGUCGGCGGCAGCGCGGUGCGGCGUACAGCUCUCACCGAGUCGAGUGAACGACCAUGGACGGACCAUCCGCCAAAGAGCCGGGCACGCAGCCGGCGCAGGACGGCCCGGCGGAGGGCGAGCCGGCGCCACCGUCCGCCAUCCCCAGCGUCGACGACGUGCCGCAGCAGCACAGCAUCACUGACGAGCUGGCGCGGCUGUUCCUCAAGAACUUCCUGCCGGCCGACUCCCAGGCGGUGUUGAAGAGUUACCGGUACCGGCCGAUCGCCAGUCUGGGCGAGGGCUACACCACCGUGCGUAAGGUGCUCGAGGUGACCUAUCGCGACGAGAGCAGCGGAAAGGAGGAUGUGCUCGUCAUGGUCGUCAAGGUUCCCAGUGGAAACUUCGUCGGCGUCGUACGUGAGAUGGGUCUCUACGAGCGAGAGGUGAUCAUGUACUGCCAAGUCAUCGAGCACUUCCGACACAUCCUCUCACAGCGAGGGAAACAGGCGCUGCUGCCGUUCCCGCGCUACGUCUACGGCCGGAUGACGGUGGCAGGAGAGGUCCGUGACGGGCGGGACCAGCCGCUCGAAGACCAGACGCAGACAGAGAUGCUCGUCAUUGAGCUGCUACAAGACUUCCAGGUCAUCGACAAAAAGGUGGGCAUGGGCCUGGAGCACCUGAAGCUGCUGAUGCCGGCCCUGGCCCGGUUCCACUCUGUCGGUCUGGUCCUCCGACAGAGGCACUCUGAGCGUGCCGACCGGCUGCGGCAGGUGGUUGGCAAACUGCCCGAGGGCUUGGAUGACCUGUCGGCUGAGCGGUCACCGUGCUGCGCCGCGCUGGAGUACAUGGGCUUGCAGAAGGAGGCCGAUGUGCUGGCCAAGUUCUGCCACGUCGACUAUGUCAAGGAGACCUACAAGAACGCCUUCUCCGAGGACCUGGACGUGGUCACCCUGGUGCACGGCGACCUCUGGAGCAGCAACAUGAUGUUCCGGUACGAGACGGAUGCCGACGGCACUAACCACCCGGUCGAGGUCCGCUUCGUGGAUCUGCAGAUGUGCCAGUUCGGCGACCUCGCCUAUGACCUGGUGUACUGCCUCAUCAGCUCGAGCAGGAGGGAGACGCGGCGCGACCACCUCCGGCAGAUGCUCACCUGGUACGAGGAAGCGUUCCGCAGCCAGCUGCUGGAGCUCGGCGAGGAUCCCGAACAGGUGGCGCCCUGGCUCAGCGUCGACUGGCUGAUCGCCCGGUACAGCAAUGGCCUGGCUCAGUACAUCAGCUUCGCACUCAACGUGGUACAGCUGCUGUUUUCCUCGGACGAGGAUCGGAACGACCUACUGGGCGGCACCAAUAUGGGAGACUUCGUCAAGGCGAUGCAGCGACUUCGGGAGCGAUGGCAAGAGGGCAAGUGCGCCCCGGCCCUCCAGGAGAGGUUACUCGGCAUCGUGGAGGACAUGAAAGAGUUCGGCCACAUGUGACGUCAGCCGUGACGUAGCAGUGACGUCACCCGGGUGACGUUAGCAUGUCCCAACACAGCCGGCUUGGGGCCGGGAAGACCACCAUCAAUCAAUGUGUGCACUUAUGUGUUCUCUUGAUCAAUUCAGGAAAUGUAUAAUCAACUUCUUCGCCAAGUUGUCCACGCAGAUUCUGACGCUAUAUAUUAUGGUCAUUGCAUCAACGACAUACUGUAAGCGUACACAGCGUCAGGUGCCUCAGUGCUCAUAAGUCAGCUAGACCAUUGCAUGACAAUUGAAGUUUGAUUGUAUGUAGAAUCAUUCAUUGAUAUACAUAUCGGUGAUUUCAGCGUUGGUCGUGGUCGUGUGUGUGACAAGUUGUGCCUGUAACACAGACCCAUCGUGCUGUUAAGCAUGUACAAUACCAUCGAAUGCUCUUGGGUAGGUAUGAUUUGGGAUCGGAAUGCUUUGGAUAUCUAUUAAGCUAGUCAUAGACCGCUGUAUACCGAGGUCUAUGAGCUGGUGUGUUGUUAUGCCGUAAGUCGUGUCAGUCGAAUGCGGUCAUCCUAUUCCUCUGCAGGUGAAAUGUUAUUUUUUAAACACGUUUGUAAAGGUGACAUGCGACAGUUGUCAUUGUAUUCAUUGGUUGAAAAAAUAAAAUAAUGUACCUCAA